UUGUUAGUUUCCAAGUACCAUCGUUCGAGUCUGUCUGUGCUGUCAGUUCACUCUUUCUUCCUCAAGUCCACCGCCACUUCCUCUCGCUUUGCAAACGGCUUAUGCGACCGGCUCGCUCUCACUGUCUUUGAUCACAGCACCCUGACUGCAUCUUCACCUCCUACCAACAGAAAUCAUGUGUAGUGGUCCUAAGUGGAAGCGAGAGAUUGUACCAGACCAUAAGUUCGACUUUGUGGAUACUCGCGAGUUUACAGACAAUGGCUUUAUUAUGCGAGUAAAAUAUCUGUGGAUAUACAUCAUAGUCCUCAAGUCCUUCUUGGUCUAUGUGUCCGAUAUCUUCACCGCUAUCACCAUGUUGACUACCACUUCCUGGUCCAACGAAAUUUUUAACAAUUGCCAACAAUUUGGCUGUGUGAGCAUUCCUUACAACACUGGCAAAUGGCUAUUCGUCGGCUGCAUCAUCUUCUCGUUUUUACUGCUCGCAUACGAGACUCGUAAAUCCAAGAAGAUCAUUGCCAGUAGAGACAUUUCUUAUGCUUUCACAAACGUCAUGGCUCAACAUUACUACUCCCUUCGAUCCUAUGAUCACUUCUGUUUCUUUGACCAUAUCAGCAACUCGACUAAACUCAGCGACGAUUUUGCGUUCUUCGUGUUCUUCACUUUCAAGAGCUGGAAGCGAGUCUUGUUGGCAGAUGGCCCUCGUCAGACCAUCAACGGCCUCACACUUUAUGCGAUAUACCUUGCUCACAAAGACGAAGGUCACUGGUAUGAUGUGAGCAAGUACUUCAAGGACAACAGUCUGUCGACAUCAGCCUUAACGGUAACGACUUUCUUUACUGUUGUCGUGUUCGCUGGUUCUCUGCUCCUUCUCAUCGUGGCUGGCGUUUGUUACAUUCCUCUACUGGCUCACAUUCGUGGUAACCUCAAGGAAUACUGCUGUCAUAAAGUAGACAAACGAAUUGACACUGUCAUCAAGCGCCGAAUGAAGCAGCGUCUUGUUGAUGCUGCAAAGCUCGCCAAGAAAGAGGCAAUGGGUGACUAUUCUCACCUAAAGGACAAGAAGGGGAAAAUGGUCGGAAAACCCCUACCUCAGCCUACACUUCCAAACUUGUCCGUCGACGACGAUGACGACCGAUCAUCCAUCCGAACUCGCGGUCCUCCUCCUAGCACCUAUACCCAAGAUUCAAAUUAUUACUAUUAUGACAAAGGUGGUGCUUAUCCUCCCCCUAUGCCAGCGUACAAUCCCUAUUCCGCCAACCAGUCCCCCGGAUCCUAUCCGUAUCUCAAUCCCUCGCAACCCGCGUUGUCACGCGAGGAUUAUCAGUCCGGUUAUGAAGAGGACGACACAACAGGCCUCGCUGUUGCGGCUGCACCGUUCGCGCAACAAUCUCAGACACAUCUCAAUGCUCAUUCUUCGUCUUUGACCAACCCGUACAGUCCUGGACCCACUGGUGGGACAGGCUUCAACGCUCAUGAUGUGUAUCAGGGACGCGAUCCAGAUCAUGAUGGGUUGGCAUAUUACUCCAACUCGCAUUCCGAGACCUCUGAAGGGUUAGCGUAUGACCAGGACUCACAACCGCAGCAAGGGGCUUACCAUCAGGAUUAUGUCCCUCAUUACGACAAGCAGUAUUCUGGUGGUACAUAUCAAGAUUAUUCUACCUCUCAGCCUGUUUAUGGUGCAUAUGCCCUAUCUCAGAACAAGGAUAAUGGUGGUGGAGCCCAUGGAUAUGCUGUUUAAGUUUGGACAUAAUAUUUUUUCGUUUCAGUUUCUUCUUGUUCCAGGUUGAAUUCCUUCUUACUGCGUGAUAUAUAUGUACAACAGCUGGAUUAUAACAAUAUAAUACGCGCUA